UUGUGAUAUUGCACCAUAGAUUCCUUUUACAGCUUGGUAGUAGUGGUUAACCAAGCUCCCAAAUCUUGUGGGUAUAGCCUGGUGGAGAAAGCUAAAAAGCUCAUCUUUACUGCUGCUUAUAAAGGGUGUCAUGUCAAGACUGUGGGCAAACAUUAUGAGUUAACCAUUGUUCAUCAGACCAGUACUGGAGAAAAGCUGCAAAAGCACAUGAUGUGCCCUGUACAGAGGAUUGUGGCUCAUCAAGGCUGCAACCUACCAAGGAAUAAACAAGUGACCUGUGGUCCUCCUGGUGCUAAACCCCACUCCUGCUUGGCUAAUAGAUGUUGUGUGGAUGAAGAAACGUCACACUGUUAUUACCCCAUGGACACAUGCACAGCAGAUGGCCACUUUGUCUUUGCGGUUUACCGCACUGCCAGUAAACCUGAAGUGGACCCAGCAACGUUGGUGGUUUCGGGCAACAAGUCUUGUCUCCCUGUGAUCUGCACUCCACAAUUUGCCAUUUUUAAAUUCCCAGUGACUGGCUGUGGCACUUACGUCUUUGUCAUUGCUGAAACUACAAUUUAUGUGGCCGAAGUGCAAGGCCUAAUCAGACGCAAGCUGCAAACAUAUGGGCUGAUUACAAGAGACAGUCCAUUUCGUCUCCAGGUGGAAUGUCGCUACUCCAAAGGAAGUCUGACCAGCACUGGCUACUUGGUAAUGAAUGUGUCUCCUCCUCCUGCUUCCAUUUCUUCCGAGCAACUUGGAGUUUCUUUAAGAAUUGCUAAAGAUGAAAGCUACUCUUCAUUCUACCCAUAUUCCCAGGUACCCCUUAGCUUAUUGUUGGGUAAUAAAGUCUACCUGCAACUCCAACUUGCAAACCCACCUGAACCUAAUGUGGUGUUGCUGGUACAUUACUGCAUUGCAUACCCUCGUUCUUCAAUGAAUGCUUGGGUACUCAUCUAUGAAGGGUGUCCACAUAAUGAAUCUGCAGUCAAUUUGAUUUUAAAAGAUUUAGCGGGGUAUCCUUUGCCAAAAUAUAUCCGUCGCUUUGACCUCCAAACAUUUCAGUUUCUGGACCCCAGGACUUGGAAACGCCUGGAUGAAGAGGUUUACUUCAUGUGCUCAACUGAAAUUUGCCCAGCGGCAUCUCAAGCUUGCAAUGAAGGCUGCUUUGAUGGAGGAAUAAUGCCAAGCCCUGCUUCUGAUGCUUUAGAUAAACACUGCUCAGGACGUUUUUGUCCCAAAAGUGCCCACAUUGCUAAGAGAGCCAUUGAAGGGCCUGUAGCCAUGUCUGAAAAUCUAAACCCGGAGAAUUUUCAUUUUUAUGGUACUCCUUUUUACAAGCUGACCCUCCUAUUCUUAGGACUCCUCUGCUUGGUUAUUGCUGCAGCCCUGUUAAUUCUCAGAAAUGCUAUGCAAGACAGACAUUAACUUAAUAAA